AUGGUUCUUCAGGUGGAUUUGUUGACUAAACGCUUUUUUACAGAAAGUGCAGAAAAAGCAUUUCGCCGAGAUUGGAGCAGUCGGAACCAGCAAAGGAGAGACAGCAGAACUGCUUCCACUGCCAGUCUUUCCACUACUAUUUCCCAAAUUGGCAUGAUUCGGCGAAGAAUGUAUGCCUGCAGCAGAACCUGGAGAGGCAGCAGCGGGGUUCGGCAAGGUCUAUUCAUAUUAUCUAUCUAUCUUUCUCACUCUAGUCUGUCUAUCUUUCUCAGUCUGAUCUAUCUAUCUAUCUUUCUCACUCUAGUCUAUCUAUCUAUCUUUCUCAGUUUGUUCUAUCUAUCUAUAUAUAUAUCUAUAUCAAUUUUUCAUAUCUAUCUAUCUAAUUCUAUUCAUAUCUAUUCAUCUAUCUAUCUAUCUAUCUAUCUAAUUCUAUUCAAUUCUAUUAUCUAUCUAUCUAUCUAUCUAUCUAUCUAUCCAAUUCUUUUCAUAUCUAUCUAUCUAUCUAUUUUAUAUCUAUCUAUCUAUCUAUCUAUCUAUCUAUCUAUCUAUCUAUCUAAUUCUAUUCAUAUCUAUCUGUCUAUCCAAUUCUUUUCAUAUCUAUCUAUCCAAUUCUUUUUAUAUCUAUCUAUCUAUCUAUCUAUCUAUCUAUCUAUCUAUCUAUCUAUCUAUCUAUCUAUCUAUCUCAUGCUAUCUAUCUCUGUUCAUAUCUCUCUCUCUCAAUUAUAUAUAUCUCAUUCUGUUCAUGUUUAUCUAUCUAUCUCUCUAUUCAAUUCUGUUCAUAUAUCUCUAUCUAAUUUUAUCAUAUCUAUCUAUCUGUCUAUCUAUCGAUCUAUCUUCCAAUUCUGUUCAGAUAUAUCUAAUUUUGUUCAUAUCUAUCUAUUUAUCUAUCUCUCUAUCUCAGUUGUCUUCAUAUCUAUCUAUCUUUCUAUCUAUCCAAUUCUGUUUAGAUAUAUCUAUCUAAUUUUGUUCAUAUCUAUCUACCUACCUAUCUAUCCCAGUCUCUUCAUAUCUAGCUAUUUAUCUAUUUCAGUCUCUUCAUAUCUAUUUAUAUAUCUAUCUUCCUCAGUCUCUUCAUAUCUAUCUAUCUAUCUAUCUAUCUAUCUAUCUAUCUAUCUAUCCAAUUCUGUUCACAUCUGUCUAAUUAGGUUUAUAUCUAUCUAUCUAUCUAUAUUUUUGAGAUGA